AUGUCUGCAGGAAUAGGAUUAUUCCUAACAAAAAAUGUGAUGGGGCAGUACACAGUCACGAAAAUCACACCGGGAGGGCCAGCAGCAAGAGCAAGAAGCGUGUCCAUUGGAGACAUUCUUAUGCAAGUGAACGGAAGAAGGCUUGACGGGUUGGGGCUGGAUAUGACUUCAGAACGGAAGGCAAGAGAUCCUGACACGUCUGCUCCUCUGAAAGCAAUCUGCAGGAGUGCUGUGUUCGUCACGUCCAUCCUGAGAGGAGGUGGCUCCAGGGAAGUCUCUCCUCGUGUGAACAACCAGGCUCAAACUCCCCGCGAGCAAGUGAACAUGGGGUAUGAACCUGUUGCUGUGAACUCGGCCCCGAACUUGAAUGGGUUUGGUGAGCAUCAGUGGAAUUCCAUCACUCCCAUGACAGCAAAUCAGCCUCCUCAAGCCCACACUGAAGGGGAGAUGACACACUUGCAUGUCGAGACUGGGCAAGAGGAAAUGAUGAAGAUACAACCACAACAUUUGUUCGCUGGUGCUCCCGAGAAUCGCAGCCCUAAUCAGGACAACCAAUUUUUCCCAAACGUGAAGAAGUCGCCCCCUAAUCCAAUCUACUCCAAUCUCAACAGAGGAGCAGCAUCCUCUCCAAAUCCGAUGAACUCCCUCCCUCAAGCUCCUCCACAAAAAGCUGGACUGGGCAUGACAUUGAGAAAUGAUAUGCGAGGGGAUCUCCGCAUAACAGAUAUCGCACCCAACGGCCCCGCUGACAAUGCAAAGAAGUUCAAGAGAAUGGACAUCAUCACAACAAUCAAUGGAAGAAACGUCAGGGGGAUGUCAGUGGUUCAAGCACGCGACCUGAUCAUGGGGCCGGUCGGAAGCAGUGUGAUCAUCGGGAUACUAAGAGAAUUUCCUGGUCAGCACCGGCAGGGGACGGCACCGGGGCAGUUCCUUGAAGUUCCAGUCACAAGAUCAUUGCAGAACGUCCCAGCAUCGAGAGACAAUGCCUCUAAUCCGAAAUUGAACAGACAACCAAUGCCUCCUGCGCCACAAAACAUGAACAGCACACCGUCUUUCCCGAGCGGUACUCCCCCUACCAACAUGGCGCAAACUGCCGAAUCUUCUCCCGACGAGCAAAGCAGGAUGAAGAGGGCGAAUCCUUCAAUCAAUGCACAGCAAUUCAGACCUCAGGUCAACGAGGCUAUGUGCGGCAUUGGUGUCUUUAUCGAAAGAACCUCCAAUGGUCUACUUACAAUCAAACAAAUCUCCCCUGAUGGCCCGGCCAGCAGGACGGCGGAGUUGCAUGCCGGAGAUUUCUUAGUCGCCAUCAACGGGCACACGACAUUGGGGAUGCCGAUGCAACAGCCAGACGCCUCACCCUUCAGCGGUAUGAUGACACCAGACACACAAUCAAGUGCGACCAACGGGCUCUCAAGCGCGCGUUCCAUGCCAUCAACGGCUCGCUCGUACCCUCCUGGCCCUCACCCCUACACGCCCACAUUCAACUACUUGGAGCAGCCGAUAGCUCCAGUUCCUGAGGGGAUGGCAAACGAGUGCGGGGUUGGGCUGAAGCUCAUCGAAUUCGAUGGGGCGAUCAUCAUUCAAAGGGUCUUCCCGGAAGGUCCUGCUGGAAGAAGUGGAUUGGUCAUGAAGGGCGAUCUUCUGCACAGAGUCGAUUAUCAAACCCUUGCGGAGCUGACUAUCGAGCAGAUCAGACCUCUCCUGAAGGGCCCAUACAUGUCAUCAGUGGUCCUUGGGCUGAUCAAACCCAAGUAUCGACUGCGAGUCAACGUCCGACUGCAACGAGAGUUCAUCGCCGACGAGUUCGAGGCCAAGGAUAUCCCUGCCUUGCCACGAUCGCAGGAUCUGGAUCUUGACGGCAAUGAUCCAGGAGGCAAGGAGCAGAAAUCAUCGACGCCCAGUUCGACCCCCUUAUAUUCUUUAACGACCCCCGUGCCAGUCUUGAGGGAAAAGUUCAUCCCCCGAGGAACAGGACCAGACGUUGUCCUGUAA